CCUGAGUCAGUCGUGGCGUGUCAUGCGACCGUUCCAUUAGGUUAACUUUAAAAUAUUACAAUAGUGUUACCAGCGUUGGAGAGAAGUUUUUUUUUUUUAAAAAGCUAACGGACCGUGUUUAGUAUGCUUUUUUUUUAUACUGACGCAUUUUCAAAAAUAAUGAAGAGUUUUUUUGUGAUUAUUUUUCUAUACGGCCUUCUUCAGCCGGGCACUGCGCAGACCGGUCUGAUAGGUAGUUUCGUCCGGACAAAUCUAAUCGGCUAUCCGGUUAUCCACGACAAGGCGGUCUGGAAAUUCGACCCGGACGUAGCCAAGAAACGGAGGGAGCAGUUCAUAGAAUUGCACGGGGAUAAAGGAGAGAGAUUAAUCGAGCGGCUCGGCUUGGGCAUCGAUGGUGACAGCGGACGGAGGCUGGAGGACCAGAGGAAAAGAGAUGAAGGAUAUCUAGGUGGCAUUAACGCGUUUUUUGCCAUAAAUUCAAUGGCUUAGUCCAAUAUAUCAUUGAAACUAGACUGAAACUUUCCAAUAACUUAUUACGAAACUAGCUGACCCGGCAGACUUCGUAGUGCCUCAAUCGAUAAAUAAAAUACCUAAAGUAUUGUAUAAAAUAAACUUAAAACAAAAAAAGGAAUCCGUCCA